CAUGUGACUGUUUACAUCUGAGACGAAACCGAAGAGAGGCACGAGUGUGUGAGCAGCGCAGGAGAAAUGGCCUGUGCACGCCCACAUACGCACUCAUACGCAGACAUGUAGGCUCUCUGAGCACCCCACACACACACACACACAUGCACACCCACACACUCACGCAGAAAACAGAAUCAUAAGGAUGGAUCAGAGAUUAGGAGCUGGUGGGUAUCCCGACAGUCCGCCCAGCAGACCCAGAGAUGUGCUGGUCAAAUCAGCCUCAGCAUAUGCAGACAUCCAAUGGGAACAGCCUCAUCAGCCUGAAAUAACAUACGAUGACCCACUGCGAUGCCCACGCAGGAAUAUCCUCCCUGUGGCCAGCUACGCCCCUCAUCCUGAUUAUGCACAAGGGGACGAGGAUCUCAUCAAGCCCAAAAAGCUGAUUAAUCCAGUGAAAGCUUCUAAAAGCCACCAGGAGCUUCACCGAGAGCUGCUUAUGAACCACAAACGGGGUGCGGAGAAUAAACCAGAGCUCCAGCGUGUAUUGGAGCAAAGGAAGAGAGAUCAGAUGAUCAAACAGAGAAAGCAAGAGGAGGAGGCUCGGAAGAAGAUCUCACCUCUGGAGCAAGAGCUUCUCAAGAGGCACAAACAACUGGAGGAGUUGGAGCAAGAGCAGGAGCGUCAGGAGGAGUGCUCUCGCAGUGCUCCUGAAUUCAUCAAGGUCAAGGAGAACCUGCGCAGAACAUCGCUCAUGAGCACUGGAGAGAAAGAGGUGUAGAGAAUGAGAUCACAACAGAUCUGUGUGCUUCUUUCUCACUCUUUCUGUCUUUCUCACUUUCUCUGUCUUACACAAAUGUAUGUUCCUGCUGGACAAAACUUGUGUCACCAGAACCUUAAUGUCAACAUGGAAGACAGAAGAUAGAGCUCCAAAGCUGAAAAAAGGACAUAAAUUGAGUUGAGAUUGUCUUGAUGGAUUCAGACAUUUUCUGAAAGUCUUUUAUUCUGAGACAGACGUGGUGGUUGGAGAUGAACGUUCUAAUGACGUUGUGUUUCUCUGCAGAGGGACUAGAACGUCUUUUAUUAACUUCUAACUUCAGAUCUUUAUACCGUAUACAAUCAGUAUUAUUACAUGUCAUUGGAUUCCCAACUGCCAAGUGCACUGCACAUCCCAGACACUUGAGGAAUCAAUGGCUGAAAUACAAUGGCUGCGUUCGAAUAUCCCUACUACCCUACUAUACAGUAGGCGAGAAAUUCCCAGAUGACCUACUGCUUCGGCCUUGAUGCUUCAGUAUGGAACCAUUGGACACUGUGGAUACUGCGCUGUCCCAUAAUGCAGUGGAACUGGCACGGAAGAGCUGUCAGAAUCCGUGCUGCGUAGUACGUCCGGAUUGUAUUCAUGCUUACCACUUACUCUGAUCAGUACAUACUGUAUCAAUGGCCAAGCAGUAGGUACUGAAUCGAAUGCAGUAGGUACUGUCAUAGUAUGCGAUUUCGGACACAGCCAGUGUUUUUUCUUUGUUUGUUUUUUUUCCCUGAUGUAUAACAAUCAGCACAAGUCACUUUUGUUCAUAAAUGGAAUGAAUCACAUUUCUCACUUCGGAUGUGAAUAUAUCUACAAGGCUGCACGCUUGUGCACGUGUCUGCUAAAAUCGGACCGUAUCCUAAUUACUGUGAGAUCACAAUGAAUCAGUGAUGGCAGACCUGCCUACCUGGAAGAGGAGUAAUGCAUCGACUCGCAAAAGGAGGUGGAGUAAAAAUGCAGUAAAAAAAAAAAAAACGUAUUUGAUAUAGUGCUUUUCCAGAUUUCUUGUCUAAUCAAUCCGUACAGGAUUUUGGGGGGAUUUUUUUUUGUGAUUGUUGCAACCCAAAAUGUUCGAUUUUGCUGCGGGUUUUUUCAGAAUUUGCAACACAGCUUGCUGAGUUUUUUUGUGCUUUUAUGCGGAAAAACUACUUGAAUUGGCACGGUCUUUCCCACUGAUGUUUGUUGGUAAACAAGACCUUUUAACUGUACUCAUGUUCGACGCACGUGAAUCGUAGAGGGCUUUGAUUGAAUGUGGAUUGUGAUGACGUCACAUGAUGCGUCUAACGCAAAUCUGCUGCAAAUCUGCGGUUAUUUAGAAAAAUUGCAAGCUCCUCUGAAUAUUGCGGAGUUUGCUUGAUUUCGCGUUAAUGUCUGCGAUUGCAGAAAUGUUAAAUCCUAGAGGGACUGGCUAAUUUCCCUCGGAGAAACUGCGAAAUGGUUCCGCGUGGCUGUUGAUUUCCUGCUCAAACUGUUUAAAUGUGUCUGAGCAUUGACCGUUGAAAUUAUUUUUGAAAUGUUAGGUUUAAUAUUUUUUUACCGACAAACUUUUUUGCCCAUUUUUCUCUUUCAGCCAAAAACCAAAAAGUGCCGUUUUUGAGAAUUUUCCAAAGUCAGGUUGAGAAAAGGCAAAAACAUUACUAAUAUUGGAAAGAAGCCAGGGCUUCCAGGGAGUGUCAGUUAAUAUUGGAGUGUUCAAAACACGUAUCGCAACUGUCAAUCAUAACAGAUUCACAUGUUGGCUGGCUCGUCUGCUGUUUUUAGACUUGUGUUUUUGCAGAUUUCUGAGUGAUAACUCGUAGUUUCCUGCUAUCGUGUGAUGUUACAAUGUGAAUCUCCUCCUCAAAAUGCGUGAAGGUUGGCAGGUCUGUGAUGGUGUUAACCCAGGAUUUUUUUUUUUCAAGACAGGUGUGUUGUGAUGCCUAAAUGUCUGCUCUUUUUUCCGUGCCUUUGUGAGAACUACAGAACAGACCAUGCGGGCAGAGCGCCUGACUGUUGCUGCAUUUCAAUCACUAUAUCACUAUAUGUACUCAUCAUAAUUAUGUGACAUAUAAGUUAAUGAUGUAUCACAUAACAGCAUGGCUUGUGUGUGUGUGUGUGUGUGUGUGUGUGUGAGAGAGAGAGAGAGAGAGAGAGAGAGAGCGAGAGAGUGCAAGAACUGUCUAUUAAAAUCACAUAAUAGGAUAAUCAGGAAGCAAAUUCGCACUCUAGAUUAAACUGACCAUAACUUUUAUGUAUAUAGAAAACAUUCAGUAUAAAGAUUUUAUUUCUUUAUUCCUUUUUUUUCCUGAUGUUUUAGUCACGGCUGAGAUCAUUUUGAAAAGAAAAAUGGAAAUUAUAUUUGGAUAUAUAUAUAUAUAUAUAUAUAUAUAUAUAUAUAUAUAUAUAUAUAUAUAUAUAUAUAUAUAUAUAUAUAUAUAUAUAUAUUGCUUUUACUAGUUCUAAAGACAUUUUGAAUAACAUAAAUUACUGUUAAAUAACAAUCAAUAUUAAAAUCAUGUUUUUGAGUAUUAUUAUUAUGCUUUUAUGUUGUAAAAUAUUGGUUCAUCAAACACCAUACACUGACAUUUUUUGUUCUGUACCAUUUCAGUACAUUUAAAUAAUCAAAAUCAAUGACAUUUUGAUUGUUAUCGACAAAUGAAGGCACAUAGACUAGCACACAAUCCUGUAAUAUAGUGACAAAAGUGUUAUUACUUUAUAUAAAAUAAACUAAAAGUAUUACUAUAGCA